GCCCCACCGCCAGUCCCUUCCCCGUCCGUCUAUCGCUCAUCCCCCCGCCCCCGCCGCAAAUCCAUUCUCACUCGAGCCGCAACCGCGAGAGCCGCCCUUCCCACCAAAAACCCUAGCCGUCCCCUGCCGCGCCGCCAAUGCCUCCGAAGGCGGCGAAGAAGGACGCGGCGCCGGCGGAGCGCCCCAUCCUCGGCCGCUUCUCCUCCAACCUCAAGAUCGGGAUCGUUGGGUUACCAAAUGUUGGCAAAUCAACUUUCUUUAACAUUGUGACAAAGUUGGCAAUCCCUGCCGAGAACUUUCCUUUCUGUACCAUUGAACCAAAUGAGGCACGUGUGAAUGUUCCAGAUGAGCGAUUUGACUGGCUUUGCCAACUUAACAAGCCAAAGAGUGAGGUGCCUGCUUUUCUUGAAAUAACUGACAUAGCUGGGCUUAUUAGAGGUGCUCAUGCAGGGGAGGGUCUGGGGAAUGCGUUCCUAUCCCAUAUACGCGCUGUUGAUGGAAUCUUUCAUGUUUUGAGAGCAUUUGAAGACACAGAAAUUACACAUAUUGAUGAUACAGUAGAUCCUGUUAGAGAUUUAGAAACUAUCGGUGAAGAGCUCAGACUCAAGGAUGUAGAGUUCAUGGGGAAGAAAAUUGAGGACCUUGAGAAGUCAAUGAAGAGGAGCAAUGAUAAGCAGCUUAAAAUUGAACAUGAAUUAUGUCAGAGGGUCAUAGCCCAUCUCAAUGACGGGAAAGAUGUCCGUUUAGGAGAUUGGAAAGCUGCUGACAUUGAGAUCUUAAAUACCUUCCAGCUACUUACAGCUAAGCCAGUUGUUUAUUUGGUGAACAUGAGUGAAAAGGACUUUCAGAGGAAAAAGAACAAGUUUCUACCCAAGAUACAUGCUUGGGUGCAGGAACAUGGUGGUGAAACCAUUCUUCCUUUCAGCUGUGCUUUUGAACAGAAACUAGUGGAUAUGCCAGAAGAUGAAGCUGCCAAAUAUUGUGCUGAAAACCAGUUGACAAGCAUGAUCCCCAAAAUUAUCAAGACUGGUUUUGCAGCAAUUCAUCUCAUAUACUUUUUCACAGCUGGUCCUGAUGAGGUAAAGUGUUGGCAGAUCAGACGUCAAACUAAAGCCCCUCAAGCUGCUGGUGCAAUCCACUCUGAUUUCGAAAGGGGCUUCAUAUGCGCUGAGGUAAUGAAGUUUGAUGAUCUAAAAGAACUGGGCAGUGAAUCUGCUGUCAAGGCUGCUGGAAAAUACAGGCAGGAAGGGAAGACCUACGUGGUGCAGGACGGGGACAUUAUCUUCUUUAAAUUCAACGUGUCUGGUGGCGGAAAGAAGUGAUGGCAUCGGAAGGUGAUAGCGUUUGAUAUUGUGUUGCAUCUUAACCCGAAUUUCUACAAUUUUUAGGUCACUAGCCAGUAGCCAGGUACCCAGCACUCAUUAAGACUGUACAAUGAGGCUAUAAACUAUUGAAGGAUUGUAUUUAAAUAACAUGUACGGUUGUAUAUCUUGAGGAGCCCGCUGUUACGAAGUCAUCUGUAUGCCAAGAAACUUAGAAACAGCUGAGUUCUGUGGUUUGGCUU